UAUUACUAAUCUAUUCCCGUUUUGUGUUAUAUUAAUCAAUGAAUUUCGUAUUAAUAACAAUAAUAUUAUGUAGGUAUUCGUUUAUUUCGCAGUCGUUGUUCGCGCUUGUCGCAUGUUCUCUCGCAGUCGUCUCCGUUGCCGCACCGUCUAGGUUGCCUUUAACACUUUCGUCUCCGAUCGUUGCACCUGCAGUUGUAACUGCCGUCCCCGCACCCGUGGUCACCACAUACAGUUCGCAGUACAUGAGCAAGUUACCGCCCAAGGAAUCCCAUGUGUGGACUUUAAGUGAUUUCAUUGAGCGACGUAAAGAUUGGAACCAAGGGGAUGAAGUACGAUUAGUGGAUUAUCUUCAACAACUGUCAAAUAAGAUUACUCAAGGUGCUAAAAAUACAUUGAAUGAAUUAGAUGAUUUGGUGUCUUGCGUGAAUGAUACAGCUGUUCAAAUAGCAAAUAUCAAUAAUGAAUUUCAGUUAUUAGCAGACAAACAGUUUAUUGAAAACAAAGUCCAAGAAGAAGAUGAGACACUACAAACAAAAGUUGAGAAAUCUAUUGUUCACGAAAACAAUGGUACCGAUGUAUUGUUAAAAAAUAUAAAAGAAGUCCUUAAAAAUAGUUUUAAAGCUAUUGAUACUCAUUUUGAGAGAGUUACUGUUGUAGUUAGCGAUUCUGAUGAUUCUGAUGAUGACCUAAAACAUGAAGAAACUAUAUUUAGGCCACGAAUAUUCUAUAAAAAAUUAAAUCUUCCUUCAAUAAGUGGUAAUAUACAAUCCCAAACUGCUCUAGAUAAUAUCAUGUCUUCAGAUUCAGAUUCUGAUGUUGAACCAGCCAAAAGUACAUUUAAAGAUCAAGAAUCAUUAUCUAGUAAUGAUGUACCUAAAAAAGAUGUAUAUUCUAUCAGUGAAUCAAAAGUUACACAUGAGUCUAAUCCUCAUUCUGUAGAUCCUUUUGAUAAUGUUGAACCAGCAAAACCAAAAUCUAAAACUGAGCUUACUUAUGCUGAUUAUGCUGAAGAUGAUUUAUUUAGUCCACCUCCAUUACCCAAUGAUAAUGAUGAAGAUGACUUAGACCAUGAAUAUAAUAUGUUUGAUAAUGGUAGUAAUAAUUUGUAUGGUGAGAGAAGCUUAUGGGAUGAUAAUGAUGAUGAUUUAUCAAAUGAACCACCUCUACCAAUAUAUUCAGAUGAACCACCCCAACAAAUUAUUAAAUCUGAUAAUCUUGAAAAGAUUGAAACACCGAGUAUACAACAAUCAUUAAAUGAUGAAUUACGAAGACUCUUUCAAAAAGAUAAUAAUUGUUCUCUGCCAGAAAAUGAAAAUAUGGAAUCACCUAAAAUAAAAUUACCAAGAGGAGCUGUUAAUGUCCUUGGUGGAUCAGAUGUUAAACCAUACAUAUCUAGUUCAUCUCAGAAUAUAAAGCAAGCAAAUAUAAUUCAAACAAGCAAUAAAAUGGCUGAAAAAAUACAGAAUAAUAAUGUUGGCAACAAUAAUAAUGAAUUUAAUAUUUCAAAACAAUUGAUGAAUAAUUCAAAUCAAAAUCCUGCUACUUCUGUUCAGAAAAAUUCAAAAAUUGAAGUUAAAGAAUCAAAAAGCCAUUCACUUUUUGAACAAGAAUCAGAUGACAAAGAUUUGUUUACCAAUAAAGCAUUAAAUGUCAUUACUGCAUCCAAGCCAGAAAUCACCAAACAAACAGAAAAUUUAAUUAAAAAUGUUAAAUCAUCAAGAACUAUCUUUUCAGAGUCUGAUUCAGAUGAAGAAAUUAUGAAUUCAAAAUUGUCUACCAAAGAAAUAACUUCACAUAACAAUAAUACAUCUAGGUUCUUAGAUUCUUCAUCUGAUGAUGAUUUAUUUAGUAUUAAAUCUGCUAGCAGUAAAUCUAUAUUCAAAAAUAAUUCGAAGUUAUUAUUUCCUCAAGUUCAUGAUGAAGUAUUAAAUGACUCAAAUCAAAUAAAGAAUAAAGGAAAUGUUAAAUCAGAAUCUCCCAUAAAAGAAAAAAAUGUUACAGGAAUAUUAAACAAGAAACUCAUUGAUGAAUUAAAAUCAAAUAUACAGUCCAGUAGUGAUAGUAUUUUUGUUGAAGAAUCAUCACAAUCAAAUUUUUUAAACAGCAAUAUCAUAGAAUCCUCAAACACAGAUGGUAAAAUAAUAGAAAAUAAUCAAAAACCAUUAAAUUCGCAAAGUGCAAAAAAGUUAAAUAAUUUAUUUUCAUCAGAUGAAGAUGAUCUAAAUGAUGAUAUGUUUUUUAACAUUAAGGAAUCUAAUAAAAAUAAUUUUAAAAAAGAAGACCAAAAAAUUAUUGGUUCAACUAUAUUAGUUGAAAAUAUUAAUGAUAUCUUUUAUGCACCAAAAGUAGAGUUGUUUGAUUCUUCUUCUGAUGAUGAUAUAUUUAAUACUAAUAAAUCAAACAACUAUUUCACUAAAAAAAAUAACAAAAAACAAUCUGCUUUAUCAGAAAUUAAAAAAAUAGGUAUUUCAAAAUCAAUUGAUGAUAGUGUUACAAAUGAUCAAGUACAAAAAACAGAAAGUGCAGAUAAAACAAUUUUAACUAAUAAAAAGAAUACAAAUGUAUUUAGUCUUUUAUCCGAUGAUGAAGAUGAAAACAAAUUGCCUUUUAAUAAGAGCAUUUCUGAUGGGUCUAAAAAUGUGUCUAAUAAUCAAACUUCAAAUGAGAAUACAAAAACUAUGAGUUUAUCAUCUGAAGAAUUUUCUAGUCCACAGUGGGAUACCAAGAAUAAAAAUAUUUUUCAAAAUUCAUCAUUAGAAAAUACAUUAAAUAAUAAGAAUGAGGAAUUAUUUAUUGAAAAUGAGUUAGAUACUGCUAAAAACAAACCAUUGUCUACAUCUACCUUAAGUACAACUCAGAAUGAAAAAUCAAUAUUUUCAAGUAGUGAUGAUGAAUAUCUAACUUCUAGUUCUAACAGUCAAAAUAAGAACUCUAAUAUAAAAUCUGAAGUAAUAAAUCAAAAAUUAAAUACAUCCUCUGAAAAUUUGCUCAAAAACAUGAAUCAAGAAUUAUUUAAUAAAAAUAAGAUGGAUGAUUCCAAUAAGACACCAUUGCCUAUUUCCAUUGAAAAUACAAUUCAGAAUAAAAAAUUCUCUUCAUGUUCAAGUGAUGACAAUGAACAACAAAAUCUAAAAAAGAACUCUGAAAAAGAAAUUACAAUAAUUCACCCAUCAACAGAUUUUCAUGCUGAUUCAAAAGUGUCUCUAAGAGAUUCUAUUGAUGGCUCUUCCUUUAGUUCGCCUAACUCAAAAAUUGAAACAACAAAACUUCCUGGGAAAUUAAAUAAGAAUGCCGGUGCUUUUAUAAAUAUUGCUGGUUUACUUCCUAAUUCAAAAAGUCCAUCGAAAAUAUCUGAAAUUUCUCGAUCAGUUUCAUUAGAUGAAAAGAAAAUUGAUGAUAAUUUACCAACUAGUGGGUCAAAACUUUUUAGUGCUGAAAAAGAAAGAGCAAGAGUUCAAGUGAAAAGACGCCCUCAAAGCCGAAAAGCAAGAAUAGCUGCUGCUCGAAUUUCAUCUAUAGAUAUUAAUUAUGAAUCAAACCUACAAGAAUCUGCUCGUUUAUUUGGUUCAACAUCUGAUUUAGUUGAUUAUCAAUCUAGUCCAAUAUCGAAUAAUAAUGCUAUAGAUUCUUUAAAUAUAAAACCAAAAGAAACACAAUCAUCGUUUAAUAAUAAUUUACUUAAAACUAAUGAUAAUGAUAUUUUCAAAAGUAGUGAAAAAAUAGAAGCUAAGAAUAAAGUAAAAAAUACAUUUACUUCAGAUCUAUUUGAUGAUGAUUCAGAUCCAUUUGAGGCAACUUAUGAAGAUAAAAAUAUUGAAGAUUAUUGUAUUAAAAAUAGAGAAAUAAUGUCAGACAAAAAACUAUCAGAAAUAAAAUCUGAACUUGAAAAUAAAUUUCAAGAUAUUGAACCAGUUAAUGAAGCAUUACAAAAUAUUGAAAUAAUUGAUGAAAAACUUAUUGAAAUCAAAUCAGUAGAUGAAAAACAAUCACAAAUUCUAUCAGACCAACAAAAACAUUUAAAACUUGAAAAAAUACCAGAUGAACAAGUUGAAUCAUUACAAAUAAAUAAAGAAGAAAAUAAAACUGCUGUACAAAGCACAUUAUUACCUAAAAAAUCUAAUUCUUUAUUUGAUGACGACAAUGAUGAUCUAUUUUCUACGAAAUCCAAAAAAAUAAAAAAGGCGUCAUCCAAUUUAUUUGAUAGUGACGAUGAAUUUGAAUUUAGUCAAAAAUUUACCAAAAAGACUGUGAUCAAAACAAAAUCAAUAUUUGGUGAUGAUAGCGAUGAUGAUUUAUUUAAUUCUCCUAACAAGCCUUCAACUAGUAAUUUAUCUUCCCAGAAACCAAUUAGUAAAUAUAGUCAGAGACAAACUAAAUCUAGUGGUGAUGGAUGUAUAAAAUUUGCUGUUGAAAGUGUUGCUAUUAAUCCACUAGAAUCUGAGAAAAAUUGAUCGAAUUUAUGUGUAUAUUUUUUUUUUUUAACAAUAUUUAUGUGAUAUAUCUUUAUAUAGGUCAUUCAAGUGUAUGGGAAAAACUAUUUUGCUACUUAUUUGUAUCAAAGAAUCAAAAGAAAAAAUGAAAUAUUUAUAAACAUUAACAAUUAAUUGAAUAUCGGUAAUUAAUGUUGUAAUUAAUUAAUAAUUUUGGUUAAUUUAAUUUGAAUUCCGUUGAUUUUCUCAUAUUCUAUUAUUGCAAAUUUUAUCAGGGCUUUAAUUAUUAGUUAAAUACAUUAAAAGUGUUUUUUUAUUAUUAAUUUUUAAUUACUAGUUCA